UUACAUUAUACAUAGCCAGGGAGUGAUUUAGCGGAAGCAGAGGUGCCAACCCCGUGUUUUCUCGUUACACCGUGCCUGAAUUAAUAGGGAGAUUAAUGGAACGAAUCAUGUGAGGUACCUCGUUUUGAUAAGAAACGUAGGAGGUAAUAAAAAAGAUUAACUUGAACGCGCAAUGGCAAACCAAUCGAGUCGGAAACACCAGAUAAGCAUCUAUUUUAUGUGGACCGUAUUGUAAGUCAGCUAUGCAGUCAUAGCCUUAUGUUAUGCGAAUUGUGUUAUGUGACAUGUGUUAAACUGGAUGUUUUUUAAAGCUUAUAGCCCAGUGAAAGAAGAUAUAUAUAUUUAUAUAUAGCCAUUCAGCCAGAAGAACACUAAUUGACAAAUAUGUGACAUGGAAAUAUAAACUUUAUCCUUCAUGUUUCAUAUCAUUUGGACAUCUGGACAAUUGACAUUAUGGGAAGGAACAAGGCGGAGACAACCAAACAGAAUCUCUGAAGAAAAAUACUUCCUUUUAUUUGUUGAAUAUUCUCUUGAACAUUCCACACACCGAAAGGAUCGCGUGGCUGGAACAACUGUGUGUGUUGUGAUGCUUUUUCUCUAUCUUUUAUCUAGUGUCAGUUUAGAUCUUUUGAGUAAGAUUUGUGCGAUUCUAGAAUGGCUCGCUUCGAAGAGGAACUAUCUAACCGGCGUGGAGGGGUCUGUCAAGCGGGCCCACCAAGAGUGGCAGGUAGGCCAGCAGGCCACCCAAGCGGCCCUAGGGUGUACAAACAAUCAAUGGCCCAACGAGCCAGGACAAUGGCCAUUUACAACCCCAUCCCUGUCAAGCAGAGCUGUCUUACUGUCAACCGGUCUCUAUUCAUCUUUAGUGAGGACUGUAUCAUACGGAAAUAUGCCAAAAAGAUUACCGAAUGUCCAUUUGAAUACCUGAUCCUGGCCACCAUUAUAGCCAACUGCAUCGUCCUUGCCUUGGAGCAGCACCUACCAGCCAGCGACAAGACCCCCAUGUCAGAGCGCUUGGAUGACACAGAGCCCUAUUUUAUUGCAAUAUUUUGUUUUGAAGCUGGCAUUAAGAUCAUCGCCCUUGGUUUUGCGUUUCACAAAGGCUCCUAUCUUCGGAAUGGCUGGAAUGUAAUGGACUUUGUGGUGGUGCUAACAGGGAUGCUGGCUACAGUGGGAGCAGACUUUGACUUGAGAACUCUGAGGGCAGUACGGGUCCUGAGGCCACUGAAACUGGUGUCUGGAAUCCCUAGUCUUCAGGUAGUUCUAAAGUCCAUCAUGAAAGCCAUGGUGCCUCUGCUGCAGAUUGGCAUGCUGCUCUUCUUCGCUAUACUCAUGUUCGCAAUCAUCGGCCUGGACUUUUACAUGGGCAAGUUCCACCGGACCUGCUUCAGGACUGAUACAGGUGAGCAGGCAGCAGAGUUCCCCUGUGGUAUGGAGGCUCCAGCGAGGACCUGUGAAAAUGGAACUGUGUGUCAGGAAUACUGGAUCGGCCCCAACUACGGCAUUACCAACUUUGACAACAUCCUCUUUGCUAUUCUGACCGUCUUCCAGUGCAUCACCAUGGAGGGAUGGGUGGACAUCCUCUAUAACGCCAACGAUGCCUCAGGGAACACCUGGAACUGGAUCUACUUCAUCCCCCUCAUCAUCAUCGGAUCCUUCUUCAUGCUCAACCUGGUCCUGGGAGUCCUGUCUGGGGAGUUUGCCAAGGAGCGUGAGCGUGUGGAGAAGAGGCAGGAGUUUCUGAAGCUUCGCAGGCAGCAGCAGAUCGAGAGGGAGCUGACUGGAUACCUGGAAUGGAUAUGCAAGGCAGAGGAGGUGAUGUUGGCAGAGGAGGACAAGCAUGCUGAAGAGAAGUCUCCUCUGGAUGGAGCGUGGUACAAGAGGAAACACAACAACCCAGUGUUAAAAAGAGCCAAGAAGAGCAAGAAUGACCUGAUCAACGCUGAGGAGGGCGAAGACCACUUCACUGACGUCUCAUCUGUUGCUCCCCCAGGGUCUCCGUUCACCCGGGCCAGCCUGAAGAGCAGCAAGAACGACAGUGCUUCCUACUUCCGGAGGAAAGAGAAGCGGCUCCGCUUCACCAUCAGACGCCUGGUCAAGGCCCAGAGCUUCUAUUGGACAGUCCUGUGUCUGGUGGGCCUCAACACACUGUGUGUGGCCAUCGUCCAUUAUGACCAGCCUGAGUGGCUCACCUAUGCGCUGUAUUUGGCAGAGUUUGUAUUCCUGGGCUUGUUUCUGACUGAGAUGUCCAUGAAAAUGUAUGGACUAGGACCUAGGAACUACUUCCAUUCCUCUUUCAAUUGUUUUGAUUUUGGAGUGAUUAUAGGCAGUAUUUUUGAGGUGAUCUGGGCAGUUGUGAAACCUGGGGCCUCCUACGGCAUCAGCGUCCUGCGAGCUCUCCGUCUGCUCAGGAUUUUCAAAGUCACCAAGUACUGGAACUCUUUGAGGAACCUGGUGGUCUCUUUACUCAACUCCAUGAAGUCCAUUAUCAGCCUGCUCUUCCUCCUCUUCCUCUUCAUCGUGGUGUUCGCCCUACUGGGCAUGCAGCUCUUUGGGGGAAUGUUUAAUUUUGAGGAGGAGACACCAACAACAAACUUCGACACCUUUCCAGCAGCCAUUCUCACAGUUUUCCAGAUACUGACAGGAGAGGACUGGAAUGCAGUGAUGUAUCAUGGGAUAGAGUCCCAUGGGGGCGUUCGGUGGGGAAUGUUCUCCUCUAUCUACUUCAUCGUUCUCACCCUGUUUGGAAACUACACUCUGCUCAAUGUCUUCUUGGCCAUUGCUGUUGACAACCUUGCAAACGCACAGGAGCUCACUAAGGACGAGGAGGAGCAGGAGGUGGCCAUCACUAAGAAGAUGGCCCUCCAGAUGGUCAAGGAGGUGAAGGAGGUCAGCCCCAUGUCGGCAGCUAACAUCUCCAUCACAGCGCUACACAGUAUGCUGUACACAGGCCAACAUGGAGCGGAGAGGGCAAUGCCAGCAAGUUUUGUAAAGCAAAGUCGAGGUGCACUCUCUCGCAGCUCGUCCGUCUGCAGCGUUAAUUCACUUAAGGAGCAGCAGAAGUCUCUGAAGAUGAUGUCAGUGUGGGAGCAGCGCACCACUCAGCUGAGGAGACACAACCUGCGGGCCAGCAGUGAGGCCCUGUACAGCGAGCUGGACCCUGAGGAGAGGCUACGCAUGUCCUCCGCCCUGCACAUCCGCCCUGACAUGAAGACCCACCUGGACCGGCCCCUGGUCGUGAAGCCCCACGACGGCCCCGGGCCCAUGGGCCACCUCAAGCCCCAGACCCCUGAGGACACGGAUAACCCUGGGGACCCGGCCGGCCCCCAGCCACGUAGGCACCACCGGGACAGGGAGAGACCCAUCGACGAGGCCAAUGAGAAUGGAGAUCCAGGCAAAGAGGGUAGGCACCAUGUCCAUCACAGUCGCAGCAAGUACCCCAAUGGGACUCGGGGUAAGGAGGGGAAGAGUGAGCGGUCGCAUAGCCGAGAGGGUGGCAGGAGGCACCACCACCAGACCUCAGUGGACGAGGGAGGUGGAGGGGGAACUGGGACGGGAGAGAGAGUGCACCGCCACCACCACUCCCACAGACAGGCCAGAGAGGGUAACAGCACUGUCAACAGCGGACGCAAGGAUGAGCGCAGGUCACGCCACAAAGAUGGACGCUCGGGAGAGCGAUGCUCCAGGGGAGAGAACGGGGCCAAUGGGGAGAGGAGGAGACACAAGACCCACAGUUACAGGGGCCAGUCCACACUGGCGGGAGAGGAGCACAGUGAGAGGGAGAGGGGGAAGGGCCACAGGGACAGAUAUGUUGAGUCUGAGGGCGACUCCAUGGCCACUAGCACCCAGCAGGAUCCUGGAGAUCAGAGGUGGGGCACAGAGAUAACUGAGGACUCAGACAACCAGAGGAACGUCAGACGGACAGGAUGGACGGCCGUCCACAUACCCCCUGUCACCAUCACCUCCCUGCCUGGAGAGACCACCCUUAUCCCCAUGAACAGUAUAGACUGUGAGACAUUGCCUAUGAACGAGGAGAAGAAGACCCUGGAGGUGUUGACUCGGAACGGACCCAGACCCAUCCUCCCCUACAGCUCCAUGUUUGUGUUUGGCCAGACCAACAUGGUGCGGCGUCUGUGUCAUUACAUUGUGAGCCUGCGGUACUUUGAGAUGUGUAUCCUGGUAGUGAUAUCUAUGAGUAGCAUUGCAUUGGCUGCUGAGGACCCUGUCCAGGCCAAUGCUCCACGCAACAAUGUGCUCAAGUAUCUGGACUACGUCUUUACGGGAGUUUUCACAUUUGAGAUGGUGAUUAAGAUGGUUGACCUGGGCCUUCUGCUCCAUCCUGGUUCUUACUUCAGAGAUCUCUGGAACAUUCUGGACUUCAUUGUGGUCAGUGGAGCACUGGUGGCAUUUGCAUUUUCAGGGUCCAAAGGAAAGGACAUCAGCACCAUCAAGUCCCUCAGAGUUCUGCGAGUCUUACGGCCCCUCAAGACCAUCAAGCGCCUGCCAAAGCUGAAGGCUGUGUUUGACUGUGUGGUCAACUCCCUGAAGAACGUCUUCAACAUCCUCAUUGUCUACAUGCUCUUCAUGUUCAUCUUCGCUGUCAUCGCUGUGCAGCUGUUCAAGGGAAAGUUCUUUUACUGCUCCGAUGAGUCCAAGGGACUGGAAAAGGACUGCAGAGGUCAUUUCCUGGACUACGAUAAGGAUGAGGUGGCCGCCCAGCCUCGGGUGUGGAAGAAAUAUGAGUUCCACUAUGACAACGUGCUGUGGGCCUUCCUCACUCUCUUCACUGUGUCCACUGGAGAGGGCUGGCCCGAUGUUCUGAAGCACUCUGUGGAUGCUACCUUUGAGGACCAGGGUCCCAGUCCAGGCUACCGUAUAGAGAUCUCCAUCUUCUACGUGGUCUACUUCGUGGUCUUUCCCUUCUUCUUCGUCAACAUCUUUGUGGCCUUGAUCAUCAUUACCUUCCAGGAGCAAGGGGACAAGGCCAUGUCAGAGUGCAGCCUGGAGAAAAACGAGAGGGCCUGCAUUGACUUUGCCAUCAACGCCAAGCCACUGACGCGUUACAUGCCAGAGAACGUGCAGUCCUUCCAGUACCGGAUGUGGAAGUUUGUGGUGUCACCCCCGUUUGAGUACGCCAUUAUGAUCAUGAUCGCCCUGAACACCGUGGUGCUCAUGAUGAAGUUCCAUGGAGCUCCAGACUUCUACGAGGCCAUGUUGAAGCACUUCAACAUCGUCUUCACUGCCCUCUUCUCUCUGGAGUGCAUUCUGAAGAUCAUCGCCUUCGGACCACUGAACUACCUGAAGGAUGCCUGGAACGUGUUUGACUUUGUGACCGUGCUGGGAAGUAUAACUGACAUCGUGGUCACAGAAAUCAAUACUACGGACCGGCUUUUGAACCUGAGUUUUCUGAGGCUGUUCAGAGCAGCUCGUCUCAUCAAACUACUGAGGCAAGGCUACACCAUCCGUAUCCUGCUGUGGACCUUCGUCCAGUCCUUUAAGGCCCUGCCCUAUGUUUGCCUUCUGAUAGCAAUGCUGUUCUUCAUCUAUGCCAUCAUCGGUAUGCAGGUGUUUGGAAACAUUGAGCUCAACGAGGACACAUCCAUCACUCACCACAACAACUUCCGCACUUUUCUUCAGGCUCUCAUGCUACUGUUCAGGAGUGCCACAGGGGAGGCGUGGCAUGAGAUCAUGCUGUCGUGUUUGAGUCACAGAGCCUGUGAUGAGAGGUCAGGCAACCUGGGGAAGGAGUGUGGCAGCGACUUUGCCUAUUUCUACUUUGUGUCCUUCAUCUUCCUCUGCUCUUUCCUGAUGCUUAAUCUGUUUGUGGCUGUGAUCAUGGAUAACUUUGAAUACCUGACUCGAGACUCUUCUAUACUGGGGCCUCAUCAUCUGGAUGAGUUCAUCCGUGUUUGGGCUGAGUACGACCCUGCUGCCUGUGGCCGUAUCAAGUACCUCGAUAUGUAUCAGAUACUCCUCCACAUGUCCCCACCCUUAGGUUUGGGAAAGAAAUGUCCGCCAAGAGUCGCCUACAAGCGGCUAGUCAAGAUGAACAUGCCCAUCGCUGAUGACAACACAGUCCACUUCACCUCCACACUCAUGGCCCUGAUCCGGACGGCCCUGGAGAUCAAACUGGCCUCAGGGAUGGUUGCCCAGCGUCUCUCUGAUGCUGAACUGAAGAAAGAGCUCUCCCAGGUUUGGCCAAGCCUCUCACAGAAGACUAUGGAUCUGUUGGUGACACCACACAAACCCAAUGAGCUUACUGUUGGGAAGGUGUAUGCAGCCCUGAUGAUCUUUGACUACUACAAGCAGAACCGAGCCAAGAGGCUCAAGGAACAGCAACAGCAGCAGCAGCAACAGAAUGCUACUGGCUCCCAGGGAAAGGUGGGGGCUCUGUUUAAACCAAUACUGCCCCUGACUCACAAGCAGGAGAAAGUGAAGGAGAAGGCCAUGACCAACGUGGAGCCUCCCUGUGAGCUACUGCCUCAGCCCCAGUCUCAGGCCCUACCUAGACCCAGCUCCACCCUGCUCAACAACGGAGGCACACUGCCAGGCCAUGACGGCACCAUGAAAGGAUCAUCCUCCUGGGUGUCAGAGAAGUCUAGAGAGGUCCACAGACCCAGGAUUAAGACACCUGUCCAAAGGGGCCAGUCUGAGGAUGUCCCAAACCUAACCAUCCCCCAGGAGUCAGUGGAGAUGAGGAAGAUGGACACCAGUUGCAGCACAGUGCCUGGUCCUGGGUCUGGACUGGAGAGCCAGGGAAGAGCUGUGUCCAUGCCCCGCCUCAAUGCAGAGCUGCAGAGGAGCAAGUCGCGCCACUCCCCGGGGACCCUGCUGGCACCUGUUCCUGACUGCAGCCCAAUGAAACGCUCUGCGUCCACCCACGCCCCCCAGCGCCCCCAGGAGGUGAACCUGCAUGAACACACCCUGGAGAGGCCCAGCACCGAAGAAAGGCGUCACCAUCACCGCCACCACCACCGCUGCCACCACCACCGAGAGAGGGACAAGAAGCAGCGGUCACUGGACAGGACGCCAAGCACCAUUGGUGCACCAGGUGACCCGGCUGCAGAGCCCUCGUCUAGAGACAGGGUGCAGGACCGCGGCCGCUCCCAUGAGAGGAAGAACCACUCGACGGCGGGGGAGAAGCAGCGCUACUACUCUUGCGAUCGCUACAGCAGCAGGGAACACUGCCACACCACCAAAUCUGCCACCACUAGCUGUGCCACCUCCCCCAGCGAGGUGCAGGAACCCAGCAUCAACAAGCAGGGUAGUGGUUCGGUUAAAGGCAGCCCAGUGAUGUUGACCUCAGGGGCUAUCACACCUAGCCGUGGACGCAGGCAGCUCCCACAGACCCCCCUGACCCCCCGCCCCGGGGUGACGUUCAAGACUGCAAACUCCUCCCCUGUGCACUUUGUGUCUGCCCAGUGUGGCAGCGGCCUGCCCACCCUGAGUCCUGGCCGGCUGAGCCGUGGGCUGUCUGAGCACAACGCCCUGCUGCAUAGUGGCACCUCUCACAUCCCCUCCCCCAUCACCCGCAUCAGCUCUGAGCCCUUCCUGGGCUACAGUCACAGUGACCCCCAAGGCCAGGGUGGGCCGUACUGCAACCUCCGGGACGAGCUGCUGAGCCCUUAUGGUGCCAGAGCACACUCCCCUCGGACUGCACGUCCUCAAAUGAGGCCGGGGGCCCUCCACCUGCCUCCGCCACCCCAGCAGAGACGUGCGGUGCCCAACGGAUACCACUUCACCUUUGGUGGUAAUGGCAACGCCAGCCUGGGCUCUGCCUCUGGUGCCAGGCCACCCAGGUACUAUCACGAGGCAGAGGAGGAUGAAUGGUGCUAGCAUGGCUUUGAACAGAUGUUUUUAAUGCAUUUUUGAGGAAUCGUGAUGAGUUUUAUCAUCUUUUUUGAAGACUUUAGUUUACACUGUUGCUGUAUGAUAAGCUAAUUAUGGGAAAUAAAUCAUGGAGGGUUGGAAUUCAUUUGAAUGUGAACAAAGCAGCAGCAUUUUUAGGACCUGGAUGAACAUGAAAGUGGAUGUGGAUUCGGUGAAUUGUUGGUAAUUCAGUUGGAUCUGACCAACUGUAAGGUGUCUUUGUCUUAUGCACUGAAGACAAUGGCAUUUUUCAUUGAGGGCACUUUUGCUUUGCUUCUUUAUCAAAUGUAAUUCUUUUUCAGUCUUGAUAGUGACCCAGAUAGUGGCAUAAGAAAGCCUCCUACAGGUACACACAGUAGAGAUGGGUGAGCAGCAGCCCUCUUUGCUGUCUCUGCGAUGAGCAGAGUGAUCGGCUCAAUGGAAAGUCCCAUGACAAUACCUAGACACUGUUAAGCACGUGUAAUAACACAUGUUUAGGAAAUACUUAUUGAAACUUCCCUAAGAAACACACUGGAAAAUAUCCUAAACAGCUAUUGCUUUGCUUUGGGACUCUUACCAUUCGAUAAUAUAAAGGGAUUUACAGUAGCCCAAUCCAUUAUAUGGCAUUCCCUUCCUGUCAGAAGAUACAUUCUGAUAGAGCAGAGGGAUCGAUGCUGUCAUUCCAGACUAUGAUUGUUGAUUUGCUGCUGUUUAACCAUCAAACUUCACUACCACUACUAGAGAGAAAUUAGGAAUGGAAAUGAAAUGUUAUUUGUUUUAUAUAAAACUAUUGUAGAUGUUAUCUUUUCACUGUCUGCAUUUUUUGUAUGAUGUAAAAACCACUUUGUUUAUGUAAAUUGCUUACAGUUUGUCAUAAUUUCAGUUCUAAUGCUUCCAAUGUUUAAUACAAAGUGCCUAUCCUUUUUAGAUAUACUGUAGUAAAGAUGCAAAGUCAACCGUUUUUGGAAAGCAUCAACACUUAAGUAGUUUGUUCAAUUGGCUAGUUCUGCAGAAGAACAAGAUGUACAGCCAGCCUUAUCUGAGAAACGCUAACUUUUAUUUGAGAAAAAAAUAACAUUUGAAUGGAAAUGACUAAUUACCUUAUGAUUGCUGACAUUUUUCUUGUUUAAUUGUCUUUUUGGUAAAUAUAUUUAAUCAAUUUGAGGGGUACAAUGAAAGCUAGUGCAAAAGCAUAUAUCAUGAGCACUUAACAAACAUGCAUUAACUGCAUUAGUAGCAUAUCAGUCCAGUUAGGAAGACAUUAUCAGAAUAACACAACUGCAUGUUUAAAUCCUAAACCUGGUUGACAACAGUUAUGGAUAUGUAGUAGUGUAUAUUUAUUUUCCUGGUGAGGAUUCUCAACUGCGAUAGCAUUGCAACCUAUGUAUUGCCUUCUGUUUCAAUGUUAGAACUGCGGACUUAGUUAAAAGAACAUAAGGAAUCUGAUGAUAAACAAACAGUGUGCACUUUUUGGAUGGAUGUGCUUGAGAAGCAAAGAUUAAUACAGAUCCCUGAUGAGAGAGUGUGCUGAUUUGGGGCCCUAGCACCAGCACACCGGACCCCUCUGUGUCUCUCAAUUGGCUCAGACCCCUCUGUGGUAAGGUUUAAGUCUCCCCAUUGGCUCAGACCCACGUGACUAAGAUCUGCCCCCCCGAUCUAAGCUUCCAUUUUUAAGAAGAGAAUUUCCCAGCUGUCAGAUUAUAAUAUAAAUCUGGUUCACACUUUCUAUCCACCCAUCCCAUGGUAACCGCUGAUGUUGAUGGUUCACAUCUGCCUCUAAAAAGUUUCAGAUAUUAUACAUGGAUAGUAAUAUAAUAUCAUGGAAAAUGUUGCCCUGGGAUGGAUGAUCUAAUUCUUGGAUAGCUAAAAGAUUCUGCUAUUUUCUAUUCUACAGUAUAUUGGGGUGGAAUGUAGCAAGGUACGCUGUAUAAAGGAUGCUCUACUCCAGUGAAGGUGUUGCUCAAUUAUUGAUAGUAGCGGAGAUACUGUAGGUUGGACCAGGUGUUGCCAUGACCACACACUCGUCUGGGUUCUGUACUGCAUAUUUCCCAGAAGCAGGGUUUUGAUGACAGGUGAAAGUAGGGCUAUGCAACAAGACACUAAGGUCAUAUACUUAGAUCUCAGCUUUACGUGCUGAGAUCUCCGGAUUCAUUCGUCAGCAUGAUUGUGACCAAAUGUUUUAUAUAAAAAGUUUUAUUUAUUAUAAAAAUGUAUUUAAAAAUGCAUUAGGCACAAUGAGUAAAGCGGAAAUUCAUAAAGUAUUUAGAAAUAGAGCAACUUCUAUAUAUUUGCAUGCAUACAAUUUGCCCAUUUUGAUGAUGUCAAGAGGUAAACCUGUGUCUUAAAAAGGAAGUAAACAAUGUUAUGGUUAUUUCUAUCUGUUCCGUGUCAGGUCACCUGAGAGGGGCGAUCGCUUCAGAGGAGGGUGUUCAGAAAUAUUGAAUAAACUCUAAUGGUUUUAUUUUGUAUAAGACAGGAACAAAUUCUCCACAUUAUUGUACAGAUCCAUUAAUUGAUUACCCCUUGACAUGUUGCCAUAGUGGGUCAAAAACAUACAUGUACUAUCAGUCUCUUCCUUCAUCUCUGUGGCCUCUGUAUUAUUUAUUUCAUAAGAAACAUAUCCACACCCUAGUCUCUAACAGUUGGUUGCCAAACAUUGAACUGUUCCUAUUUCUCAUUCUGCAUACCAACUGCAGUGUACAUGUGGCUUCAGGAGAAAAUAAUGUUUGCAUGUGCUGACAAUGUAUGUGCAUGUAAAUCUUAGUACUUUUUGAUACCAUCUGUUCAUUUCUUGUUCAUUUUUAUUGAUCUUUGAUAUAAACUGUGGGGUUUGUUGAAAAAAAACUUUAUAUAAAAACAGUAUUGAACAAUGUUGAUAGUUCCAGCCAUGCAACAGAACUGGAACAUUAUUUGGGUCUUGAAAGUGAGUUGUUUGUUGCCUGAUUAUGUUUAUUGGCCAGACUUUGAAUUCUGAAGUUGUUUCUACAUUUACAUUUUGUAUGCAACCAAGUUCCUUGAAUUAAAAAAAUCAUAUGAAACAAACAUUCUUCAA